CCUCCUUAACUGUCGCUCUUCCCAAUUAAAAAAAUUCCUCGAAAAUUAAUUACAAUACAAUAACUCCCAAGCGACAUCGUUUCACUACUUCUUCCACUUCCACACACAAUUCACAGCAAAACCCUAGAUCACAGAGAAAAAAAUCAAACGCAAAAAUGGCAAUUGCUCGAACCGGAGUCUACGUUGAUGAUUACCUAGAGUAUGCAAGUACAUUACCUGCGGAACUCCAAAGACUUCUCAAUACUAUCAGAGAACUCGAUGAACGAUCUCAUUCAAUGAUAAACCAAACCAGGCAGCAAACGAAGUACUGUUUAGGAUUGGCACAAAGCUCAAAGAGAGGGAAUGGUAAUAAUUAUCAUAAUAGUAUAAAUGAAGAGGAUGAUGCUGUUGAGAGAAUGAAAAAGGAUAUUGAGGCAAAUCAGGAUAAUGCAUUGAGUUUGUGCACCGAGAAGGUUUUGUUGGCACGGCAAGCACAUGACCUUAUAGACAGCCAUAUAAAACGACUGGAUGAGGAUCUGAACUACUUUGCAGAAGAUUUGAAGCACGAGGGCAAAAUAUCACCAGAUGAACCAGCAGUUCUGCCCCCACAACCUAUUAUAGUUCCCAAGCUAGAAAAACGCAAAUCCUUUUAUGGAACACCACAAUCAAAAAGGAUUGAUUACAGGGAGAGGGAAUGGGAUCGAGAGCGUGAUAGGGAUUUUGAGCUCAUGCCUCCUCCUGGAAGUAAGAAGGACUUUUCUAUCCCUGCUGAUGUUGAUCAACCCAUUGAUCCAAAUGAACCUACCUACUGUGUUUGUCAUCAGGUAUCCUUUGGAGAUAUGAUUGCCUGUGAUAAUGAAAAUUGCCAAGGAGGUGAAUGGUUCCAUUAUGCGUGUGUUGGUCUGACAUCAGAGACAAGAUUCAAGGGAAAGUGGUAUUGUCCAACCUGCAGAAUGCUACCCCAAUCUCAGUUAUAGUUAUGUAUAUAUAUUUCUUGUUUUCGGUUGUCGUCUUAAAUUAUUCCAUCAUGUUGGCUAUGAUCGGUGAUUCAAUUAAUAGGACCCUUAUUUUUUAUUUUUUUUGGCACAUUUGCAACUCUUCAAUGUUAGUCCAAUUGUGCAUCUUUAUCUCAA